UGCAUCAUUGGACUGAUGGAUGGAAUUGCCCUGUCAGGAAAAGAGGUCCGAAUGUCCGAGCAGAACGGCACCCAGGAUGGCGAGGAGAAGGGCCAGCACAGCCUCUCGAUGCCCUUCCUGAUGGUGCUGGUCUUCUUCGCCAUGGGCCUGGUGGGAUUCCUCAUCUGCCACAUCCUCAAGAAGAAGGGCUAUCGCUGCCGUACCUUCCGCGAUGAGCUUGACUUGGACCACAAGGAGUCGCUGACCCAGCUGGACGAUGAUGAGGAUGAGGAGAUGAAUGAGGACACAGUGGAGAAGAUAGUGAAGUGUAUCAUUCAGAAUGAAGCAAACGUGGAGGUCCUGAAGGAGAUGCUAGGGGAAGGUGAUCGUGAGCUGCAAAUACCUUUGCCAGUAGCUAUGCCCAGCCUCUGUCCCCAUCGCAACAGCCAAGAUGGGGGCGUGCCCCACCACCACACAGUGCACCUGGGCUCGACACAAGCUCCAUGCAUGCUCUGCAGUAAGAAGAAGAGGCACCCACUGCAUCGCCAGAGCCGUUCCAGGGAGGGCAAAAGCAAGAUGCACCCCGGAGAGACCACUGUCUUCUCUGUCGGCAGAUUCCAUGUCACCCAUAUUGGGAAGAAACCUGCUUCCCAUGAAUCAAAGGAAGAGACCCUUCCUGAUAGCAAGCAAGAUCUUGGCUCUGGUGAUUUAGACCAUGAGACUCGGGAGGGGUCUCUGAACGGAAUAGUUCCCAUGGAUCAUCUUCAGGAUGGAGGAUUCCAGGAGGCUGCAGGUGCUCAGAGUGACAGAGAACCAAAGGAAGCCUGUAAAGAUGAGUCCACUCAAGGAAAGAAUCUCUUGAAUCCAGCAAUCAAUUUAGAUGUUCCCAAGAAUGGACUGGAGAGGAAAAAACACCCUAAGUCAGGCUCACUGCAAGAGGUAGACCUCCUAGGUACUGCCACAAGCAACACAUGUGACCAAAAGUUUUUGUGUCCUGCAGAGCUGUUUGUCUCAGAAGACCUGGACAAGAUGGAGAAGCUGGCUAAGAAAGCUCAUUCUUCUGAGAAUGUGGGUGUUCAAAGGGCAUCUAAAGACAUAUCAGGAAAUGAAAGGAGUAAAGUUCUUCGAGGAAGAUCUAGUCUAGAUCUAUCUGGAAAUGAGGUCAAUAGAAUACUAAACAUACAACAACAGGAGCAGAGCUUGACGGUGCAAGACCCAGGAGUAUCUGUGUGA